UUUAAUUUCCAUCAUCAAUUAAUUUAUUAGUCAAUUAAUUGAUUAGUUAAAGCAGUGAUGUGAUAAUUAUAUAAUUUAUGAAUUUCAAAUAUAUUGAUGGUAAUGAUGUAGUUUUGUCUUUGGCACGUGGAAUUUAAUAAUUAUUAAAUAAAGAUAAUAAUCGUUUAUAUUUCUUCCAUUUUGAUUAUUUAGGUUUUGUAUUAAGUGAACAACAUAUAGAGCAUGAAAUGUUCGACCUAGAUAAUGGAAACAGUAUGACAGUAACGGGGCUUUCAAACUCAAUCACGGUACCCCAGCCACAACCACCAAUACAGACACAAGUUCCACACAUUGAACCAACGAGAGUUAUUAACAAUAUGCCUACUAUGCCCACACCUCCAAGUGCUGUUCAGAUGAAUGGACCUAUUCCCCCUACUACAAUCUCAAAUAAGGAGGACAAUUCUAUGAAACUGAAAACAAUUGCUCAAAAGGCAGUUGUGAAUGCUGGCCUGGAUACCCAAAUUCAGUCACCAGAAAUCCCAACAGAAAAUAGAG